AUGCGUGUCCUGAUCCCCGAUAACAUCUUGCUUGAUCCGUCUGCCCUGCGCCAUGCCUCGACAUCCAUGCCAUCCUCAUUCCCAAAGAUCCUAAUCAUUACAAAAGCGUCCAAGACGCAACGCCGCGCCGCCGCCGAGGGCGUGCCACAUCAGUCCACCCAUCAAGAGUCCGGUCUCAUGAUAGCGGACCUUGCCGUAGGGCAUAGUUUUGUAGGGGCGGAGGCGCUUUCCCAAUGUUCCAGCAGGCAAGACAAACCAAACAACCGAAAGAAGAAGGAAAAGCGGAAAAAGAGCUCGGCGGGCCGAUCUGGCCAAGACUGA